AUGGCCAUGAGAGUGUGCGCACUGCAUCCAGGCAUCUGGUGUGGAAGCACGCCAAUGUCAAGCAGCGCCGACAUCAUCAGUAGAAGCGCAUCUCCCACAGGGCAUGGCGGCUAUGCUGGCGGUGCUUGA